UCCCAAAACACUGUGACAUGCUAUUAUCGGUUUUGUUACAGAUUACUUUCAACACUGAAGAAGCCCACAGUAUUGUAAAGGAUUGCAUAGAAGGUGUUCUGGGCAAGGCAGAUUACAAUCAUGACAAAGUUAAUCAUUGGACUGCAGCUAUAGUAGAACAGUCUCUAACACAUCUGGUAAAACUGGGGAAAACAUAUAAGUACAUUGUAACAUGUGCAGUGAUGCAAAAGUGUGGAGCUGGUUUGCACACAGCAAGUUCCUGUUUUUGGGAUACCACAACUGAUGGUACCUGCACAGUCAGAUGGGAAAAUCGAACUAUGAACUGUGUUGUGAAUGUUUUUGCUGUAGCGAUUCUCCUGUAGCAAGCUGAACAAGCCACAUUAAGUUACGCCAAAGCCUUUAAGAACAAACUAUCAAAUACAGCUCAUUGUAAGAAUUAUU